UCAUCUGUCAGAGCAGAGACGAUCUUCGGCUGCAGGUUGAUGUUCGUGUGAGCGGAAUCAAACCCGCGGCUCUGACAGACAGAGACGGACACGGAGGAGACAUCAGACUCCACAGUUCUACUUUCCCGCGGGUUUGUUCUCUUUCUUCUUCUGCAGCUUCAGACUGAGAUCAUGAAGGAUCAGAACUUUAAAGACGAGGUGAUGAAGAUUCUGGAAGAAGCUCCGAGCGCCAGGAGAGCUCUGCUGGAGAACUACGACAACCUGCUGAGGGUGGCCGACUACUGCCACGACAACUACCUACAGUCAGGUGACGGGAGUUUGAAGGCGUUGGAGGAAACUAAAAACUUCACCACCCAAUCACUGGCCAGCAUCGCCUACCAGAUCAGCACUCUGGCCAGUAGCGUGCUGAGUCUGUUCGAUGCUCAGACCAGUCAGCUUCGUCACAUGGAGUCUUCCAUCAACCUCAUUGGUCAGACAGUGGAGAUGCAUAAGGAGAAAGUUUCUCGGAGGGAGAUCGGCGUGUUCACAGCGGUCAGACGAGUCCCGCGCAGCCACAAGAUCCUCCCGCCUUCUCAACCUGCUGCAGUUACGCAGCCCCACCCACCUUACAGCCGCCGACCAAUCAACUACCAGCAGCUGGACGGCCUGGGCCACGGUGUGAAGGUCUCUGGGAAACAGUCGGACAGAACAGGAACGAUCCGUAAACAUGGAGCCUCCAUCAGGUCAAACAAACCUCCAGAGCCGGUCCAGUGCCCGGUGGCGCCCCCUGGCAGCAGCUCCAGUUUUGGGAAACCUGUAGCUCCGCCCACCAUUCCCACCACCUUGCAGGCUCCACCUGAGUGUGACAUCAUUACCACUCUGCUGGACGACGCCCCGACUCCUCCUGCAGCAAAUGAAAUGUUGGCUUGGGAAAAUGAGGUCAUCAACACAUCUGCCCCGCCCCCUCCACCUCCUCCACCCAAUUUGUCAGGGGCUGUUACCCCCUCGCCCCCACCUCCCCCUCCCCCUCCUCCCCCUCUGUCAGAGGCCCUGACCAAUCAUAAUGCUCCGCCAGCAGCCCCGCCCCUCAGCCUUGAGACAGUGGUGGAGGAGAACUGCUUCCCCCCUCCCUCCCCUCCCCCUCUCCCUCCUCCCUCUGAUGACGACAUGUUCCUUCCACUGUCCAAUGAUGGCUCAGAACUGCCAGCCCCGCCUCCUCCACCUCCACCCAGCCAGGAAGUUGACGUGGCCCUCCCCUCCAGGAGGAGUCGCCACCGUCGCUCACCACCCACCACUCGCUCUCUCUCUCUGAGGGUCCGCUCAGGCCCUGCCUCCCGCUGCCGCUACACGCGCUCUCUCUUCCUGCCUGCUGUUCAAUCACAUCUGGAGAUCCCAGCCCCACCCCCCCCUCUCUUAUUGGACGAUGAGGGUGGCCUUGAUGACAUCAUACCGCCCCUCCCUCCACCAGUGGACUAUGACAUUAGCGCCCCCCCGAACUACCUCGAGAAAGUGGUGGCGCUUUACAGCUACGAGGCCACGAAACCCGAUGACCUGUCCCUCACCGAGGGUGACAUCAUCUACCUGAUGCGUCGCCAUGACGAUGGCUGGUGUGAAGGAUUCCUCAACGGAAACCAGGGCUUCUUCCCACAAAGCUACGUCCAGUCAUGUGGCUAGCUUGAAGCCCCGUCCCCUCUCUGUUGCCAUAGGGACAGAUCAGUGUUACUCAGUGUGUAUUUACCUCUGCUGCCCCCAGAAGGGAAACACAGGAACUGACACACAUCCAUAGAAAUGUUUCAUUUUCACAGUCAUAAUAGAUAAUAAUAAAUAAAUAAUACUUUUCAGAAAACAUGAAUUCCUUUACAUAUGGAAUCUAUUUGAAGCUGCUUUAAAUCCAUUAGUCCUGAAACUGUUAAUCAGUCAAUUAAUCAAUAAGUCAGCUGCCACGGAAUCAAUAAAAAUCAAUUGUCAACAGAUUUAAUCAAUGAUUAAUAUUCAUUUUUAAACUUCCCUGGUUUAGCUCCAGGUCUGUUGUUUCCUGUGACUCGAUGUGGACACAUUAUUGGAUAAUGAAAAUAAUUGAUCAUUAAAUGUUUUAAACUUUAGAUUUUUAUAGAAUUUUUAUAUAAAUGUAAAUAUAAAUACAAAUUUAUUGUCAACUAAUCUGCUCAAAUAAAAACAGUGAUGAUGAUGAUGGUGAUGAAACAUGGUGACGUGUUGAUGAAGAUUAACAAAACAAAUAUUUCUUUGACAUAUAAAAAUGUUUAAAAGUUUAUUUUCUAGUUUUACGUUUUAUUCUUUAACAAACUGAUUUUUCUUCUGUAAAUAAACAGAGUAGAUCAAUAUCUUUAUUGAAAGUCAGAGUUCAGAUCUUUGAUCAGAUUAAAACUUUAAGUUCUUUUUACUGAUAUUAUCUCUGUACUUGUACUUCAGUACCUUCUUGAACGCAGUACUUUGGCUGUGCUGUGGUGGAGCUGUGUGCCUGUCAGGCUGGACUCAGGCCAGCACCCCCUGCAGGCCACACACACAAACUACAGACUUCAAACUGAACCUGGGAUUAUUCACUUCAUUUGUAGCUGAGACUGCUUGUAUAGGUGAUCAAUUAUCAUCAAUAUUGUGUCUUCAGAUGAUCAAUAAACUCAUCGAUCUUUGAA